AUGAGUAACAUUAAUGAACAAAAAUUUGCCUUUAUUUCUGGAAUUGCUACUGGUAUUGGUCGAGAAUUAGCUAUUUCGCUUGCAAAACGUGGAUAUAAAGUGUAUGGAUGUGCACUUGAAGGAAGUCUUUGGGAGUCAAACGAUUUGUUGACUGAGUAUGGAAUCACUGUGUUAGUUUGUGAUAUUACUAAAAUAGAAGAAGUUCAAAAAUUGGCUACUAUUAUUGGCGAGAAGACUAAUGGUAAGCUUGAUAUAUUGUAUAAUAAUGCAGGUAUUGCAAGAGGAGGCCCAGCAAUUGAAAUGCCAGAACAGGAAAUUGAAGAUUUAUUUAAGGUGAAUGUAAUUGGACAUAUGUAUGUCACCAAGUACAUGGCACCAUUUGUAAUCAAGGCUAAGGGUAGAAUUGUAUUUACUAGUUCAGUUGCAGCCCGCGCACCACUUUCAUGGAUGUCUGCAUAUGGAGCGACAAAGGCAGCCAUUGACCAAUAUGCAUUAGUUUUACAUGGAGAAAUGAAACCACUUGGAGUUAGAGUACAUAGUGUGAUUACUGGUGGGGUUGACACUGGUAUAUGUGACAGUAUUGCCACAAAUACUAUUCGAGGACCAUAUUAUGAUGUCGAUGCUGUUUAUGACAGUUUACGGGCGCUGGCGCAAAUGUCUCGAAAUGUUAACAUUUCUGCUCAAGAAUACGCUGAACAAGUUACCAAACAAGUUCUUGCUUAUUGGGAUCCUGGUUUUAAUAUUUAUCGUGGUGCAAGAGCGUACUUUCUACAUUUUUUAUCACGAUUUCUCCCAUUGUGGCUUGCAGAAUUUGGAAUUGCUUUCCAUUUCCGUCAAUUGAAGGUUUGGUCUCAAAUAAGAAAAAAAUUGAAAAAAGAAUAA